UUGCAAAAAUGUCUGCGUCCACGAAAAAGAACCAGCCAAAUGUAGUUAAAUUAGAUCAGAGUGAAUUACGACGGCUUAUGAAAUCAAAACUCACUAAUGGACAAUCUAAAAAGAAAGGGGUUGAUUCCCCCCAUGCUAAAUAUAAUAGUUUGGGGCAGUUAUACUGCACGAUUUGCUCUACACAAGUAAAGACCGACUUGUUGUGGCCAGCCCAUGUGAAUGGCAGAACACAUAAACAGCAUAUCAUUGGCCUAAAUAGAAAAGCUGAGCCAGCAAAAUUAGCUUCACAGUCACCACAGUCUGGUUUAAAACGAAAAAGCAAUGACAAAUAUGAAACAGCAGUGUCAGAAAAGAAACAAAAAGGAUUUGUGACACCAGAAGGAAAAUCUAAUGAAACUGGGUUGCCAGCAGAUUUUUUUGACUCUGGGAAAGCAGCGCCAUCUACCAGCCUGCUAGGCAUGUACUCGUCGCCAUCAUCAGAGGAUGAAGAUGAAACACCUCCUCAGACAUCACGAAGCUCUGUCAUUAGUGGAGGUGGUGAUGCCAGGUCACACUUGCCAUCAGAUGUAUCUAAUAGUGGGGUAAAAGCUGCCAGUACGGUAGAUGAUGGCGAAGAGGAAAUGACAAAGGUUAAGAGUGCGGAAGACUUACCAGAAGGAUUUUUCGACGAUCUGAAAAUGGAUGCUAAAGUUCGCAAGAUUGAGUACAAAGACCCUUUGGAUGAGGAAUGGGAAAAAUUUCAGAAGGUGAUUACAGAGGAAACACACGUUUCAGAAGCAAUUGUCGCGGAGGAAGACGAGGUUAGAAUAACCGAUCGGCAGAUUGAGGAGAUCGACGAGCAGAUAGCCGGAUGGCAAAAGGUGACGCAGCUGGAGAAGAAACACGAGCAGAUCAAGGCCAAGGUAGAAGAGGCACCACCCGUCGGCUCGGGGGCUGCGGGAGAGGAAGAGGACGACGUGGCUGAGGAGGACCUGGAUAGCAUGCUCGAUUGGAAAUCUAAAGGCAUCUAGAUAACAGUAGAUCCAUACGCGUUACGGAGCUCGUAGAAUUUCCCUGAUGGUUGUCGGUAUUUCAUUGACUUCGCGUGGUGGUAUUCCAACGUAGUGCAUGGCGUUGUAAAUAAUUGUCAGGCCAAAUAUAUCCAUGUGAAGCGUCAUUUAUUGUAGUAGCUGUUUGCACAAGCAUUCAGUUGGUAGUUUACAAACGAAGGUAGUUGGUGUAGUUGAAGGAAGGAACCAGUGUGCUUUAUAACGUGUUUCCAGUAUACAUAAUGUAUAUAGUCAGCGAGACAGAAAAGAAUUAUUGCAAAAUUGAUAAAUUUAUAUACUCUGGUAUAUAUACAUAUAUGUAUACAUGUAGAUAUGUAUAUAUAUUUAUAUAUAUAUAUAUAU